GAGGAUACCUGAGAAUAAUUUCGGAAGUUGGGAUUUAAUCCUUCUGGACAAAAGCUAUUGUGUCCUGUUUCCCAGCCGGUGGAGGAUUACUUUUUUCUGAUUUUUUUCUUUUUUUAACUGCUCUCUUAUGUUAGUCAGCUGACAGUAUGGGGAAACUGUUGUUAUUUACUGUCUUAGCAGUGGCGACAUUCGGUUUGGUGACUGCUGACUGUCCAAUGGUGUGUGAAUGCCCGGCAGUGCCCCCAUCAUGCCCCCCUGGAAUAAGUUUAAUUCCCGAUGGCUGUGGCUGCUGCAAGGUGUGCGCUGCUCAGCUUAACCAGGACUGCCACGACGGGCGGCCCUGUGACCACCAUAAAGGACUCGAAUGCAACUAUGGCAAUGAUGUGGGCCGCACCCAUGGCAUCUGCAGGGCAAAGGCAGAGGGACGGUCUUGUGAAUACAAUGGCCGGAUUUAUCAAAAUGGUGAGAAUUUCCAUGCCGGCUGCAAGCACCAGUGCAUAUGCAUCGAUGGAGCAGUGGGGUGUGUGCCCCUUUGUCCCAGCCAUGUGCCCCUAGCAUCCCCGUCCUGUCCGUCCCCACAGCUAGUCAAGGUGCCAGGCCAGUGCUGCCUCAGCAUCGACUGCCAUAAGGGAAGCACUGUUGUGCCCUCGGUACACCAACAACCUCCACUAUCUGUUUACCCACCUUACCCCUACAUGCCCUACCCAGCCUAUCCGUAUCCGAAGCCUUACCCAAAACCUUAUCGGAAGCUGCACCCUUACAAACCCAAAAAGGAGAAGAACACCAUGGGCAAUGAACUGAUGGAGGUGGGACACAAGUGGGACAAGAGACGUGGAUACAAGCAUCUGGCGGCCAGGAGGCAGGUGGGUGAUCAGUGUGUGGUUCAGACCACCUCCUGGUCCCAGUGUUCCCGGAGCUGUGGGAUGGGCGUUUCCUCUCGCGUUACCAAUGACAAUGCUCGGUGUAAGCUGAUCAAGGAGACGCGUCUCUGCAACAUUCGACCCUGCAGUUCUAUGUCUCUACCCAUAAAGAGAGGCAGGAAGUGCUCUCGCACCCACAAGGCGCCGGAGCCUCACCGUUUGUCCUACGCUGGCUGCAGGACCACUCGCUUAUACAGGCCAAACUACUGCGGAGUGUGUAGGGACGGCCGUUGCUGCUCACCUCGUCGCACACGUACAGCAAACGUGACCUUUGCCUGCCCCGAUGGAGAACACUUCAACAGGUCCGUCAUGUUCAUUCAGUCCUGUAAGUGCAGCGAUGAGUGUAACCAUCUCAACGAGGCUGCAUUGCCCCCACAGCAGUGGCUCUAUGGAGACACCCACAAGUUCAAGGACUAGUGGCAUCACCCCUAAACCCACCUACAUUCCCUCCAAAAAAGCAGACAAUAACUCCCCCCCUUAGCUGUACCCAUUAUAAAGUAGCUGUCCUUAGUGUAUCUUUAAGUAGACACAAGUGUUCGAACGUCAGAACAACUUUUCUGGAAGAUUAUUUUGGAAGGAAUGGGGAGAAGAAAACGAACCAUAUGGAUAUUACACCAACUUGGAAACAGCAAUGAGAGCAGCCCUGGGUUUAGUGCAGAUUCAAAGUUGUUUCUGGUCUGGCCAGAUUUCAAACUGUGACUAAAUCUUGAUGUCAAACAUGCACGUAAUCAACCACCGUUUUGUUGCCAUGCUCCAAAUCUUCCCUGAACUCUGGGACUUUUCUUUUUUUUACGGAAGAAUGGAGCAAGAGCGGAGACACAAACACACAAGCAGAACUAUUUCUUGUUUUAUGCUUGUCUCUUUUUUAUGUCAGUGGAUUUGUUGAGGGAUAGAUAUGACAGCUGGUUUGACAUAACCCAGCUAGACGCAUGUGUCUGUGCACUCCGAUAUGAUAGAGAUUUGUUAAAUCAGAUGGAAAACUCGUCAAGACGAGCAACUCCGAUGUUCUGAGAAGAAUAGUUUGUGUCUUUAUAUCAUAUUUAUUGUUACAUCAUGAGAGACAUGACAACACAGUCGCGUGCCACCAGGGAAGGUGGUGCUGCUAUGUUUGGAGCAUCAGUGUGGGUGAACAAGGAUCUAGAAGAUGGAGACUCCCACCGAUCCGAGCCUAUCUAAUGAUGGAUGUCGACGAGUAGAGGUUGAAAAAGACAGAGUUUAACCUUAUGUGUUGAUGUGUACGCAUUGCGAGGGAAUAUGUCAAAGGUUGUUGACACAGCUGGGAUCAUCUCCUGCCCUGUCUCCACAAGAAACUGAGACAUUUAGCAAGCACCAGAAGAACAAGCCUGGGAUUCUGGCGUCAGAAAGUCGAGCCCCUAAUUCUGUGCAAAUUACAAUCUCUGAGGGGCAGCGAGAGAAAAUCAGCCAGUCUUCGGUUUGCUAUAAAAAUAAAAUCUAAAAACUGCGUGUGUGCUGAGGUAAACAUGUAAUUUGUGACUUGUGGGUGGAACCGCUCUGGUGCCUAAUCUGGCCUGUAAUUGAGCGGCGCAGCCUGUGACAGAAACAAAACAAGAACUCGUGUCUUUUCAUGUUAAAGAGGUGUCUGUUUCUCAGAAAUGCUGACUUUACUGUCAAGGCAAAGAAGAGCUUUAUGCUCAAACUAAGGCUGCACAACCUCAGCAGGAGCCUAUUUAUAAGGACAUUUGAAAGAAACCGAUUUGACAGAAGGGAUUUUGUAUUAUUCUUUCAUUUCUGUGGCUUAGAUCAUUUAUUAUGACUGAAGAUCCCGAGCACCUCCCUUAACUGGCGCUUGGAUUAGUUAAUGCACCUUAUGACAGCCUUGAUUAAUGACCUGAUCUUCCAUCUCAUGCAAGCGUAAUGCAGAUGGAUUGAGAUGGCAUUUUAAACUGAUCUGUAUAUUUUACUGUGCAAGUUUCUUAUAUUGGUGAUUUUAGCACCAUUGUUGUACCAUAAAAUUUGAUGUUUCUUGCAGUUUUCUGUCAAUCUGGAAAAUAUCUGCAUACGAAUUAAGUUUCUAGGCUACAAUAAGUCCUUUGUAAGGGCCUCAGCUGCCCAUCUACCUUGGUAUUGGCCAUUGCUAUUUGCUCUUGUAGAUGCUGUGUUUUUGGUACUGUAUGUCUAGUUUUAAGGGACACUAUAGAGCAGCUAUGUACAGAUGCAUUUUUAAAUUCUUUGUAGUUUUAUCUGCUGUAUAAGGGCCAAUGAUUAUACUGAGGUAGUCCAUGUAUAGUUUAGCACUGAACAAGGCAGGUUCAGAUCCCUUAUGAGGAGUACAUGCCAGUUUAAAAGCAUCAUGAUUGUAUUAAAAGUAGGGAACAUUAAAAUGUAUGAGUCAUGCCUAUAAAAUAACUAAAAACAAAGAUCAGGAGGCUUAAGAAUUGUUCUUUUUUCACAUUUUUUCUUAGAAGCUGGUAAAAUAAGAUACAACUGGUUUGAUUUUCAAUACUUUUUCAAUAAAGAGUUUUUCACCCUGA